GUAAAUUCUUUUUUACGUGUUUAUCUGCGUUGUUAUUUUCUACGGCGGAAUCGAAAAAACUAAGAAGAGGAUGAUUACCUAAAUCCUCCCAAUUAAGCAAACAAGUGAAUGCUCGAUUUCGGUUUAUGAUUAAGCAUCUCUUGAUUUAUUCUAAUCUAUGGGGAUAAUCAAUUUAAAUUGCAACUGCUCGAAGGAUUGGGUCACUUUGGGAAAAUGAAAAGGGGAGCACAUGUAAAGUGGGAUGAAGAAAAUUUGGGAGAAAUUGAGGCAAAUAAACCAGUGAGGCAGAAAAUUACUGAACCAAAGACACCUUUUCACCGCAUGAUCGAUGAUGAUGGAUCUUUAUCUCCUAUACGGAGUGGUUUUGACGAGGACAAUGGCGAUGCAGUACAUGCAGAAGCCAUACGCAGUGCAUUGAAUGAGAUGGCUUCUUCCAGUAAGAAUAAAUCCCGACGGUCUGGCUGGACGUCAUCUGAGGAUGAAGCCGAUGUCAUGGACCAAGAUGAUGCAGAUUCUGCUAGUUCAGGAAAGGGUAAGAGCUUCAAGGAACACAGGCGAGCACACUAUGAUGAGUAUCGGAGAGUCAAAGAACUCCGUCGAAAGGGCUCCUCCCUUGAUGUUUCUUCAGAUGAUGAGGACGACGAUCUUGAGAAAAGGGAUGGGAGGUCUGAUUCAUCAUCAUCAUUGUCUAGUGCUGUUAAGGACAUAGAGAUUAAGGAAGAAAGCAUGGACACUUCUAAAUAGUACUCCAUCCCAGGCCCUUCGAGCUUUAGAUCAACCAGAAGAAUAUUGUGAUUUGAUUUUAUUCCCAUACUCCCUUUGUUUAUAUCCGUCUAACUUCUGUUUGUAAGUUGUGUGUUAAGGUCUCUACCUUCAGGAUGAUAAAGUUCUGAGUUAUCGCAUAGGCACAUCUUCAGUUAACUUCUGGCUUUAGAUAAUGGAGUAUUCUGAAUCCUAAGUUUUUGUACACUGCGUUUUAUAGUUUGUCGUUAUGGUGUUUGUGACGUUU